GGAUCAGCUGACAUCAUGCGGACGGCACUUUCCUAUGCCACAAUAUUUGAUACCGCAGUCUGAGUCGACGAAUCAGCUAUAGCUUGGGUACUCUAACCCCGCCAAAUCCAUGGAGAUUUUCGCAAGUGACUCGAGGAUCGGUGAUCGAAUGCUAAGCAAUGGUGAAGUCAUCGGAAAACGCGAAAUAUAAGCGGGCUGCUCUUGAUCAUGGAAACGAGCCUUUCGUAGUUCUAUCCUUCCCACCCAUUCAUGGUGUCCACCCUUCCCUCAUGCUGAAGGCCGCUGUUGCACGUUCUUGCGACAAUCAGCACGGCACACUGCUUGACGUGAGCAACAUCAGCCUCUGUGCUGUCGGCUUUUGCGGACAGAACAUCUACUGCCAGUGUGUUCCAUCGUUGAAUGCGAGAUUGCUCGACUCGGAGACACGGUGCGGGCACACGCACGACUUGCCAACCAUGCCGUGGAGCAUUUUCAGUUGGUUCUGGACCGAUGUCCUGUCGACCAUCCUGACCACGCACCAGGCUUUAUUCGCAAGACUCUUCAAGGCAUCGACUCAACUACUUCUCCCUUCCGCGAAGCCCUUGCAUUGCGUCCAUGGGCCACCUCGAUUGUCCUUUACCUCUUUAUCAUCUCAUCAAAUCAUCGAUCCAGCGCUACAGCAAGGAGCGUACCGCCGUCUAUACCCGAAACAGCACAGCUGUUCUACAAGCUACUGCCUCUGUCCAGAGGACACCUACAUUCGUAGCAUCGCGGCAGGGGUAGAUGGCUGAUUUGCGAAUGUAGCAAUCUUCCAACCGACGCAUCCGAUGAGGGCAUACACCAUCGACGAGUUGUGCUCAAGUACUGCCCUCUGGGCCAUCAACACUGUCCAAAAGCACUACUAGUUCCGUUUCAAUCACCAAGGCAAAUCUGGUGAUAUUAUUGACAUUGACGGAGCUAUCAGCCUU